AGGUUUGACAGGGCUUGCAAAAUAGUUUAUAACUUUACAAAUUUCGUAAUCUUUUUAAGAGACUAUUUUAAAAACAUAAGCAUAUGUAAGUGUAUAACAGUGGAGGAUACUAGUUUAUUAAGAAUUUCAUAUUUAAGUAGAUAAUUUUCUGAUUAAACACAAAUCGGAUACAUAAGAACGGAAUGGAUCUGUUUUACUUCUUGGCGUCAAUAAGGAUCAAAUGGCACCAGAGCAAUAAAAUAUUAGCUUAAGGAUCACCAUAACUUAACAAAAAUUUGCUUUCGAAACAAAUAAGCUGGCUGUAAAUUUAUUUUGGGGACGUUCACGCCGCCCAGAACAACUGAUAGGAAUCCCCCUACUAUACUGCUGUUGGUAUCGCGAAUGUUUUGACACAUGCAUAUGUACGCAGGCUUGUUGAUCAUGAUGGACGAUGACGUUUCGCUGCCCGCCGACACGUUGGCUAUCCUUAACGAAUUCCUGUUGGAGCGUUCCAAGCGCGAAGCUGAGGAGGAAAAUCAAAUUUCCAAUAAAACCGGCAAGGAUGGUCAUUUCGAGGAAGAUUGGCAACUCAGUCAGUUUUGGUACAAUACGAAAACUAAACUUACUUUACGGGAUGUUGUGGGCAAGCUGCUGGCGGAGCGAAAAGCGGAUUCGGGGGACUUUCACAUAGCACUCCUCUCCUGCCCAUCGCUUUACAAGGACAUUAAAAAUAUCCAUGACAAGGUCCACAUCUUCGAGUACGAUCAGCGAUUUGGAGCGUACGGCACGGACUUUGUGCACUACGACCUAAACUGCAUAGGCAGCAAUCCAGACUACCUUAAAGCACACCACCACCAGUAUGACCUCAUCGUGGCUGAUCCGCCCUUCCUAUCCCAGGAGUGCAUCGCCAAUACAUGUGAAAUAAUCACCAGGCUGCAGAACGACCCCACGCAGUGCAAGCUGAUCCUGUGUUCUGGGAAAGUGGUUGAACCCUGGCUAACAGCGCGCCUGCCCGUGCUUAAGUGCAAGUUCCAGCCGGAACAUGAACGCAAUCUGGGCAACGAGUUUGUCAGCUACGCUAACUUCAAUUUAGAUAAAUAUAUUGAAAAUAAAUAAGCAAUUCCGUUGAGGGAUGAAUGCC